AAAAACUCAUUGGUGUUAGAUACCUUCUUUGCAUCUCUCUCUCUCUCUCUCAAAUUCUCUCACCCUAUUUUCUGGUUCUCCUAGAAUCUGGUCUGGAUAUGGUCUUCCUCUCUAGAAAUGAAAUCCAACCGUUGGAUACAUAUCUUAAUCAUCUUUGUUCCAAGUGGUCUCAUGUUCUGAACUAUAUCUAGCGUAGGUGUUAUUUUCUUUUUGGGUUCAUAUAUGUUUUGCUCUGUUCAUGGCUACUGCUACUUUUGCCUCACAAAAUUUUGAGAACCAUAAAAACAACCGCAACAAUACCAACCAUGAUAUUAGCAGGCAAGAAAUCCAAGCUGCCAUUGCCAAAGCAGUAGAGCUGAGAGCUCUCCACGCCGCUUUAAUGCAAGGGAAUAGCCCCGCCAAUGUCAGAUUCCCGUCUCCUUCCCCUGCUUCACGCCAUGGUCCUCAGUUUUCUGCUAAAGAUUACCCUGUUUUCACACCUAGCUAUGAAGAUGAGCCGCUGCCAGGGUAUCAUCAGAUUCCACUAAAAGAUGGAACAUUAUCAGAAAGUUGGGAUGAAUAUGGUCUUGGAGAUAUUGGCAUUGAAACUGUUCUAUCAGAUUAUAAGGAGAAUUCAUCCUCAAGAAAGGGAUUGCCUUCUGGUUUGGCCAGCGUGGAGUCUCAUAUUUGUCCAGCUGAGGAUAACAAAUCUGCCACUGGUUCUUGUGCAAACCACAUUACUGUGCUUCAAACAUCACCUGUGAAUGAAUACUUCAAGCUAAGCAGAAGAAACAGUUUGGCGGAAUUCAAAUCAGUAUCAUCCUGCAAUAGAUGCAGGCCUGCAACUAUAACUACCGAAUCUGAAAAUGUGACAAGGAACGGCAAGAAUUCUAAUAUUGUUGUUCCACUGACGGAUUCUCACUCAUCCAUUCAAUCACAGCCGAAGAACCGGGGAGUGAUUUCAUGGCUGUUUCCUCGGCUAAAGAAGAAACAUAAGAACGAGUAUUCCCCAAACCGAACAGAAUCUGAGGAAGUUUCCCAAAUCUAUAAAGAGUUGGGGAUCAUGUCUACUGAAACAUUGAAGAAAGAACUCGUAGAAGCAAAUGAGAAUAGAGACGCAGCCUUAAUGGAAGUUGCUGAGAUGAAAUCCUCAUUGGGGGAGCUUAAACAGAAGCUGGAGUACUUGGAGACCUACUGUGAAGAGCUGAAGAAAGCUCUGAGACAAGCUAUGCAGGCAAAGGAUUCCCAAGUUCCUGAAAAUUUUGGAGCUUUUCCCAAGAGAGGGAAAUCCUUAGAUGGAAAUGGAGAAAAUUCAAUACCCGUCAGUGAGGAAGUAAUGGUGGAAGGUUUCUUGCAGAUAGUAUCAGAAGCAAGAUUAUCGGUAAAGCAAUUCUGCAAGACCCUUGUCGUCCAGAUUGAAGAAACCGAUAACACUUUAAUGGACAACUUAAAUUUACUUCUCCAACCAUACAAACUUUCUUUGAACUCCAAAUACUCAAAGGCAGUGUUGUACCAUUUGGAAGCUUUCAUAAACCAGUCACUCUACCAGGACUUUGAGAACUGCGUGUUUCAGAAGAACGGCUCACCAAAGCUCUUAGAUCCCCAACAAGAUCGCCAAGCCCAAUUCUCUUCGUUUGUUGCCCUGAGGAACUUAAGCUGGAAUGAGGUAUUGAGGAAGGGGACUAAAUAUUACAGUGAAGAAUUCAGUAAAUUUUGUGACCAGAAAAUGAGUUGCAUUAUUAGCACGCUGAAUUGGACAAGACCAUGGCCUGAACAGCUACUUCAAGCAUUCUUUGUUGCAGCCAAGUGUGUAUGGUUGCUUCACCUGCUUGCCUUUUCGUUCAACCCACCAUUGGUGAUUUUGAGGGUCGAAGAGAACAGAAGCUUUGAGCCCCAAUACAUGGAGGAUAUGUUCAUGGAAAGGCAGAGAUCACAUGGUCCUAGCCGAGUGAAGGUCAUGGUAAUGCCAGGGUUUUAUGUUCAGGACAGGGUUUUGAGGUGUAAGGUUCUUUGUAGGUAUAAAUCUGUAGCUUAAAGUUGUUUGGACUGGUUUUAUGAUCUUUAGCUUUCCUCCCCAUCUUCCUAAUUUCUUCUCUCUCUCUCUCUCUCUCCCUCUCUCUCUCUCUCUCUCUAAGUUAGUCUCACUUAGAGAUGCUUGUAACUAUUAAAUUGAUGUGUGAAUAAAUGUUCAAAUGGUUACCUAAA